AACACAUGUACGUAACUCGUCGUCGAUCGCGAGACGCCCAGGCGGGUUUCAUGGGAGCUAUCGACAUAAAUCAUGCAUCAGCGUGUUAUAUUUUUAUAAACUGAAAUAAUAGUAACUUCCUCCUGGCCUCGCCACUCCUGCUUUACCCACGCUUUCUUCUGAAAAGAAAGAAUAGAAGCAAGCUCCUUUUUUUUUUUUUCCCCUACCGCUGCUGGUCACCAGCAUGAGAUGAGCUGGACACACACCCAUGGAAGAACCUGCUGCCAGCCAUGCUGCAAAGGAUCUGCGGCAUCCGGAGCCUGCCGUCAUCGCGUCUUCAUCGCUCAGAGCGAGAUCUCGUGUCUCUAGCCCUGAACGACCCUCGACGACGGCCACCACCACCACCACCACGGGGACUCUGACGCCGGACUUGCAGGAUGCGCACGAGCUGUCGGAACUGCACGAGAUCUCAACGCACACCAGGAGAGACUCGUCGCCGUCCACCAUCUCUUCGGGCUCGAUCAGGAUUGUAACGCGCCGCUCGACGCGGAGUAGCCAACUGACCAGGAGCAGCCGUGAGCCCACCGGCAGGUUUAAGCAUAUCAUAAAGUUCUGGAGACGCAAUGUCGUCCUGUCCGUUUCUCAAAACCAGAAUCGGGAUCAUUACGCGCUUGAACGGACCUACCUGGCGCAUAUGAGAACAUCGGUCGCCUUCUCUCUCCUUGGCGUCCUGAUAGCUCAACUCUUCCGUCUACAGCACUCGCAUAUCCACCAUCCCACGUUCGGGUUCUACACAGUUGGCGUACCUCUGGCCUGCACCUGCCAAGGGUUCGCGAUUCUCAUGGCGCUGUUCGGCGCACAUCGCUUUCUACGACAGCAGAAUGCGCUGUCACGGGGGAAGAUACAUGCCGGUGGAUGGGAGGUGAUGAUGGCAGCCAUCUUUGCGACAGCGAUUAUCAUCACACUGCUAAUUCUUGUCGUCGUGAUCAGCGUUAAAAGGGAUAGUGUUUAAGGCGAUCAGCAAUCGGGGUACGGAGCAUCUUUGAG